CUUGAAAUUUCCACUCGCCUGCUCGCCAAUGGCGAGUGGAAAUUAUGGUGGAGGAGAGUGUGUCCCCCAGGGCCGUCUUACUGAGCAGGCUCAGAGCUCAGGCCGGAUCUGUCAUUGGCACUGGGAGCCGUCAGACUGCUCCAUAGCUGAGCGCAGUGAAAGCAAAGGAAGGAGUGUGUGCUGUGCUCUCUGCCUCCCUCUAAAGUGCAGUACCCGGCUCUGUGAGCGAACAACGAAGUAUUGCAACUUUUUAUAGGGGUGUGUGUGUGUGUGUCGUGCAUGUGUGUGUGUACGUGUGUGUCUGUGUAUGCAUGUAUAUGUGUCUGUGUGUAUCUGCACAUGUGUCUGCGUGUAUGUACAUGUAUGUUUGUGGGUGUCUGUGUGCAUGUACAUAUGUGUGUGUGUUUGUCUGUAUGUAUGUACAUGUGUCUGUACAUGUAUCUGUGUGUAUACGUGUCUGUACAUGCCUGUGUGUGCACAUAUGUGUCUGUAUGUGUGUGUGUGUACAUGUGUCUCUGUGCGUGUGUGUACAUGUUUCUGUGUGUGUGUAUGUACAUGUGUCUGUAUGUGUGUGUGUGUACAGGUGUCUCUUUGUGUGUGUUUGUUGGUGGC